CAUGUCUUUGAACACAUACACAUAUUCUUCUUGGUUCUAACAAUUUCCCCACACAGAUACUGCUUCACAGCCAACAUACUCGUAUUCGUUUACACGCUCUUUCAGCUCUUCAAAGGUAUCUGCGACAUCGCCCACAGAGGUAUCUUCAUCUCAGACAAAGCAUCUGAUUACAUCAGCUUUAUUCUUGACCAGUUGGCAGGAUACCUCCUCGUUUCAGCAUCUUCUGUAGCUGUACAAGCCAUACAACAGAUGCACAACGGUAUUCCACUUCGAAAGGCAGCUAUAGUCUCUCUAUGCACGUCUUUCGCUUCGUUCGUAGUUGUUGCAGCUAGUGCACUCUUAUCAGGCUACAGAUUUUGUAAGAGGAUCAUAUGGUAAUAAUGUAUGGUUAAAACCAAAAAAAACAGUUCUACUGAAUCGAAAUAAAUUUGCACCUCAA